AUGAGCGCGCUGGUGCUGAACCCCGAGGCCUCGCGCUUGUACCGCGUGCGGAAGACCGUGGUCAAGAUGCUCGCCAACCGCGGCUACAUCGUCAGCGACGACGAGCUCAAGCGCACCACCGACGGCUUCGCGGCCCAGUUCGGCGAGAACCCGACGCGCGAGAUGAUGACCAUCCUCGUCGAGAAGGUCGACGACCCGAGCGACAACCUCUUCGUCUUCUACCCGGACGACGCCAAGGUCGGCGUCAAGCCCAUCCGCACCUACUGCAACCGCAUGAAGGACGAGAACGUGACCAAGGCCAUCCUCAUCGUGCAGGAUGGCAUCACGCCCUUUGCCAAGCAAGCGCUCAACGAAAUGGCGCCGCGCUACAAGAUUGACCACUUUAAGGAGACGGAGCUCCUCGUCGACAUCACCGAACACACGCUCGUGCCCGUGCACAAGGUGCUCACGCGCGAAGAGAAGAUCGCGCUCCUCAAGCGCUACAAGCUCAAGGACAGCCAGCUCCCGCGCAUGCAAGUGAGCGACCCGAUCGCGAGAUACUACGGCAUGACCCGUGGCCAAGUCGUCAAGAUCAUCCGACCGUCCGAGACCGCCGGUCGGUACGUGACCUACCGCGCGGUCAUGUAA